UUUUUUUUUUUUUUUUGGUAUUUGUUCAAUUUGUGUGAGCCAUUGACGGUGGAAAAUGUGAGACUUUGCGUUGGGAUAGUCAAUAUAAACUGGAGAGUAUUGGGUGGAGAAGAUCUUUGUUUGUGGGCGGUAUGUUUUGGGGCCGUGGUCGCAAAGGUACAGACUGCAGAGAGAGUGAGGGUGACGAAAUGCUCUUUGUCCUUCGCAAAAUUUAACCCAGUGAUCGUAGGGUCAGGCUCUUUGUUCUUCUAUACUUUGCAUCAGUUUCCUCCAUUCUGCACAGCACCAAAUGAUACCCUGCCCCCAAGAUCACAUUAGUCUCAUCUUUACUUAAUGGCCCUUAAUGGCCCAGAAGCCUUCAUGCUCUUGAUUUGAACAUGGUUUAAGCAUUAAUGGCCUUCUGAAUUUCUUCAACAUGUAUUAUUUAUUGCCGACGAAAAUGGCUGAAGGGGAGAAGGAUGACUUCGGUGGGAGGAGAAAGCUUCUAGGGAGAAGAGGAAAGAGAGAAGAGAGGAAGAAAAAGGGUGAGGGAGUUUAACUGGAUGCACACCCACCCCGAAGCCAACGUAUCUGUUAUCAUACUCAUGGCUCCACCGACUGGACAAACAAUUUCCCAAACCACGGGUACCAGCACUGCUGAUGCUGAAACGUACGCGGAUUUCAACUGGGAUGAACUUGGAUUUGAUAUAGUUCCAACGGAUUACAUGUACGUCAUGAAAUCCUCUGAAGGAGAGAGUUUUACUCAAGGGAACGUAACUCCCUUUGGAAACAUUGAGAUGAGCCCGUAUGCUGGAAUCUUAAACUAUGGACAGGGAUUGAUUGAAGGUCUGAAGGCAUACCGAAAGGAAGAUGGUCGUGUUUUGCUGUUUCGACCAGAACAAAAUGCUCAGCGGUUGAAGAUCGGUGCAGAGAGAAUGUGCAUGUCAUCGCCAUCUGUUGAGCAAUUUGUUGAAGCUGUAAAGCAAACAGUCAGGGCCAACAAGCAUUGGGUACCUCCCCAAGGGAAAGGGUCGCUCUAUGUCAGGCCAUUGCUCAUUGGAAGUGGACCUGUUUUGGGUUUGUGUCCGGCACCGGAAUACACAUUCCUCGUAUAUGCUUCUCCCGUUGGCAAUUAUCAUAAGGGUCCCUUAAACUUGGUUGUUGAGGAUAAGCUCCAUCGUGCUACUCCGGGUGGAACUGGAGACAUCAAGACCGUCGCCAACUACUCACCGGUUUGCAAAGCACUAACUGAAGCAAGGGCCAAAGGAUUCUCUGAUGUCCUAUUCCUAGAUGCAGUAACCAAAAAAUAUAUCGAGGAGGUUUCGACAUGUAAUAUUUUUAUUGUCAAGGAUGAUGUGAUUUCAACCCCAGCAACAGUUGGAACAAUUCUGCCCGGAAUGACUCGAAAAAGCAUCAUUGAGAUUGCCCUUGAUUUUGGCUACCAGGUUGAGGAACGUACAAUCCCAAUGGAGGAUUUGCUUGAAGCUGAUGAAGUUUUCUGUACAGGGACGGCUGUGGUUGUAAGUCCCGUUGGUUGUAUAACCUACCAGGAUAAAAGGGUUGAAUACAAAACUGGAGCUGAAACGGUGUCUCAGAAACUGUACGUAAUGUUAACAGGAAUUCAAACAGGCCGUAUUGAGGACAAGUUAGGAUGGACUGUUGAAGUUGUUUGAGCCUCUUCCCUCGCAUCUACAGCAAAACUUUGUUUUGCCUUUUUUUCUUUAGACUGUUGUCUAGAAUAUUGCUUUUUUUUUUAAAAGAUGUUUUGUCUACCUCACGCAAAAUAAAAGCGAUCGAUCCGUUGCAAGUUUCUGAAUUUCCUGGCGAUUUGUGAAAAGAUUAUAUAGACCACCUUGUUGAAGAAACA